AACAAGUCCGCGGGCGCCUUAUUGCAAGCCGUACCGCGUGUCUCGCAGUACGCAAACUCCCGCGCUAAAGCCUUCACAAAAACACGCGUACAAACUCUGUGACUUACACAUACCUAUGGUUCAUAGUGGUUAUUGUGGAUUAGUGAAACAAACAAAAUGUUGAGCGGGUGGCGGUUAAUAUUGUCUAAACUAUUCUUCAUACCACAAAGAUGGGUGAUGGCAAUAAUGGGUUUCCUGGCGGUAGCCAACGCGUACACGAUGCGAGUGUGUCUGAACAUCGCCAUAACGCAAAUGGUGAGGAGGCACGCAGAGUCCAGAGAAUACGAAGAAGGGUCCUGUCCGGGUGAAGCUCAUGACAUGGCUUCUGAAGCCGCGGAAGUUACGGGCUUCGACUGGGACGAGGAGACACAAGGCAUAAUUUUAAGCUCGUUUUAUUACGGGUACAUAGUUACUCAUCUGCCUGGAGGCAUGCUAGCAGAAAGAUUCGGCGGAAAAUACUCUCUAGGAUUUGGUGUGCUUAGUACUGCUGUGUUCACUUUGUUCACUCCCUGGGCAGUCAGUGCCGGUGGUGCUACUGGACUAAUUAUCUUAAGAGUACUGGAAGGUCUUGGAGAAGGCACGACCUUCCCAGCCUUAAACGCGAUGUUAGCCAGAUGGGCUCCCGUAUCUGAACGAGGUCGUAUGGGCUCUCUCGUGUUUGGUGGUUCGCAAAUUGGAAACAUUGCCGGCACAUAUCUUUCUGGGUUGGUGAUCAAGGAAACCGGAGAGUGGGAAUGUGUGUUUUACCUUUUCGGGGCCAUUGGAAUCUUGUGGUUUAUUUUAUGGGCAUUGUUAUGUUACAACGAUCCAGAAUCGCAUCCGUUUAUCUCGGACAAAGAAAAAAAAUAUUUAGAAGAGGCUCUCGGUAGGCAUCAUUCCAGUCAACCAUCAGCCAUUCCCUGGAAACCGAUCUUUAUGUCCGUACCGCUGUGGGCGUUAGUUUGUGCGCAGAUUGGACACGAUUAUGGAUAUUUUACAAUGGUAACAGACCUGCCUAAAUACAUGACAGGUGUUUUGAAAUUCGACAUCCAUCGCACGGGUACAUUGGCAGCCUUGCCUUACGCUGUAAUGUGGAUAAGUUCUAUCGUAUUCGGUUGGAUCUGUGACAAAAUGGUGAAAAGGAACUGGUUGACUGUUACUAACGCUAGAAAGACGUUCACCACUAUCGCUUCCGUUGGUCCUGGGAUAUGCAUGAUUUUCGCUUCAUAUUCAGGCUGCAAUACAGAAGCGGUAGUGAUUCUGUUCACUGCCUCUAUGGGCCUGAUGGGCGCCUUCUAUCCAGGAAUGAAAGUAAAUGCUCUAGACCUGAGCUGCAACUACGCGGGCACUAUAAUGGCGAUCGUGAACGGUAUCGGGGCCAUAACAGGCAUCAUCGCGCCGUAUUUAGUGGGCCUUCUGACACCUGAUAGUACCUUAGUGCAAUGGCGAUUGGUGUUUUGGAUAGCUCUCGCCGUAUUCAUUGUAACAAAUCUAGUAUUCGUUGCCUGGGCGUCAGGCGAUGAGCAGUGGUGGAACAAUACUGCUCAAGAUCCAAAGAAGCAGCAAGAAGUCGAAGCAAAUACUAAUCAAACGGUCACUGCCGAAGUAAAGUUAUAAUUAGGAAACUAUUUGUUUAUACGAAUAGAGGCUGUUGUUGUUGGUUCCAUGUGGAAUUCAACUAGAUCCAUUUCUAAUUUCGAGUGCAGGACAAAAUGGCGCACGCAUUGUUUAGAAUGAUUUACGUAAACGCUUUAUGGAAAAAUCAGACGUGCGUUUUUUUAAUAUUUUUAAGUAUAGACUCCUAAGCCACAGAUUACCUAGUUUAAUUUAGGACUGAUAUUACUAAUGAACUCGCUUCUUAAACUUUAUGUAGGCAGACCUACCUACAUUAGAGUUAAAGUGCGUUUUUUUGUAAAUAGUUUUUGGUCUUUUAUUAUUUAUAAAUAUACAUCUAGUAGGUACCUACAUAAACGUUGUUAGAAAUAUUAUUGUGAAUUGGUGAUCAUAUUCUAGAUGACCAGCCAGUGUUAUGUGAUAGUAAAAAUAUUUAAGUAUUAAUUUAAGUAAUUCAUAAUAUUUUAAUCAUACUCUGUUAUAAUAGAUAGUUAUUAACAACUUUUCAUAUUUAAUUCAAGGCCACGAAAUAUGUUCUUUUUUGUUUUGGAUACAGGAAAUAUCCACAAAUCCGGGAAUCAAAGCCGGAUGCAAUAGUCAAUAAGGUCACACUAGAUCAACGAAUUAAUCAAAAUAGAUUUUAUUUAUAUACAUUUAUUUAGAGACAAUUAUGUAAUCCACUUGAAAAUCGAUUUCAAUGAAGUAAAAUAGGAAAAUAAGCGAUAUCAUUUAAAAAAAUAUCUGAAAUCUAUUAAAGAGAAAUAUUUUUAUAAAAUAAAUAUCGUUCAAGUUUUUUUUUUAUUCAAUCGAAAAUAAAAACGGCUGUGAACAAUAAUUAACUGUUAAGUAUUAUUCUCGUAUAUUUCAAGGUGCACUUGUGCCAUUUGAACAUGUCUCUUUGAGGAAUUAUUUGUUGAAAGUACGUAGUAGUAUACAUUAUCAAUUUUUAAAGCAUAUUAAACUGUACGCAAGUGUUAUUUUUAUAAUGCUAUUAUUAACGCAGCAUUGUUAAAAGACAUAAACAGUUUUUAAAUUGUUUGAUGUUUUAUAUGCGUUUUAAGUACGCGUGUCUUAUCAAGAAAUUUGUUUUGGAUUUUUUUUUUUUUAUUGCCUUAGUAGGCAGACGAGCAUACGGCCCACCCGAUGGUGAGUGGUUACCGUCGCCCAUGGACUUCAGCAAUGCCAAGGGCAGAGCCAAGCCGCUGCCUACCGCUUAAUACUCUCCACAAGCCUCGUUUGGUUAUUUCAUUUAAUGAAGUACAUUCACUUUGUGUAACAAUCAAUCUUUUAAAUAACGUAUUCAUACGAUUCAUGUUUAGUUUAGUGACGCUGUUACAAAUUAAAAUAUAUUUUUUUUAUUGUUGUGCACAUUGGAACGGUACGCGCCAAUUUUUUUUUUUUAAAUUUAAUCAGGUAUAUUCGCGGGACAAGUAAAAGACAUAAUAUAAAAUAAUUUAAAAAUAGAAUAAUGAUCUUAACACAAACGAAGCAUUUCAUUUUUGAGAAUAAUGAAUACGUUUUGUCUACGUAUGUACAUACUUUCAUUUUCCGUCAACAAAAAAAAAAAAAUCUAAAGCAAUAGGUAGCUGCUGUUUGCUAGGUCCACACCGCUAUGAGUCGCAGGAGCUUUAAAAUAAGUAUCACAAUAUAAAUAAUCACAAUAAAAAAAUUAAUAUAUUUUGUGUGACUAGCUUUGCGCAAGUAAACUGAAUCAGACUAAACUGAAACAUUGGUAGUUUUCCAAUUACAGAGCAUAAUGCGACUCGGUGACGCACAAUGCCGAAUUAUGCUGAAGCUUAAUUGGAACGUGAAUUAGUUUUCAAAUGCAUCAGCAGAGUGCGCUAAGUUAGCACAGUUUUAAAUAACAUUGAUUAUUUCUAAGAAACUACGACGAAUCGAAAGCCUUAAAAUUUUUUUCAACAUUAAAUAACAUUACUAACGAUAAUAUAAACAAAAUUUCGAUCAAUGCCAACUUAAAGAAAAAACACUUGUCAAUUUUCUGUCACUGAGUCGGUAUCGAUCGCGAGUAUCACGCGAGAGCAGUACUUUUGAGUGUGCUCGAUUGUGCGAAGCGUUGCUGUAGUUGGAACAUUCAACGUUGAGCAUUAUGCCGCAUAAUGCGCUCUUGUGCUGUAAUUGGAAAACUACCAUUAGGUACUAUCUAAAUAAGCAUGGCAACAUUAUUUUACAAAAGUGAUAUUAGCAACUGUUACAUCGCUUGCUGUAUUUAAUGAAAAACUCAAGAACUAUCAGAAUGAUGAUUCCUUUCGUAUGUGUGUGUUACAAUAGUUUUGUUAGUCGAGAAUUAAUUGUGAAUUUUUUCGUUUUUAUCUAUGGUACGUUUUUAACUUGACUUGAAAAAAAACUACGCCAUAUAUGUAUCUUUUUAUUAUUUUAUUCCCCUGCCUAACCUCGGUAGUCUAAGAGUCUAUUCCAACUACUCACGGACCGAUACGUGUGCUCACGGGCUCAACCUGAGAGAAUUUGAUAACACCGGCACUAGCGAGAUCAGUGCGUCACUGAAUCUACCAUAGGAUAGGAAUAAAAAUUCUUAAAAAUCUGAAAAUAAUCAUCCCAACGUUAAAAAUAUUAAACUUUUUUGUUUUUCUGUAUUAAACUUAAGAAUCAAUAUUAUUUGAAUUUAAGUUUUGUUGACGAAUCACAGUUUACAGUUAAUAUAUUGUAGUUACUAUGUUGGUUAAAUUUUGUAUGUAAUUUCAUUUUAAUUUUUGUACAAAAUAAAUAUGUUGUUUAAUAUAAUAAAAAGACAUCUCUUGUUUA